AUGUCGCUCUCUAGCCCGCAGGGCACCUACAACAACACCUCGCUCCAGACUGUCCACUUUGGUCCGGGCAUCGUCUCGGCCGCCCUCCCCGCCUCCCUCGCCAAGCUCGGCGCCAAAAAGGCCUUUGUCCUCACCGGAAAUUCGCUCGCCACAAAGACCGACAUCAUCAAGGACAUCCAGUCCGUCCUCGGCGACGCGCACGGCACCACCUUCCACUCCAUCGGCGAGCACGCCCCCGUCUCGGGCAUCCGCGACGCCACCAACCAGAUCAAGCAAGUCGGCGCAGACGUCAUCGUCGCCGUCGGCGGAGGGUCGCCCAUCGACGCCGCAAAGGCCAUCUCCUACUUUAUCCACGAAAACGACCAGAGCACCAAGGGCAACGACCAUCCGGACUCGUUUAUCCCCAUCAUCGCCAUCCCCACCACCCUCAGCGUCGCAGAGACGACCGCAAACGCCGGCUACAAGUCCGACGACGGCGACAAGAUCGGCGUGCACCACCCGGCCGUCAUCCCGCGCACCAUCAUCUACGACGCCCAGCUCACCCUCGCCACCCCGCAGCGCCUCUGGCUCUCGACGGGCAUGAGGGCCGUCGACCACGCCAUCGAGUUCCUCUACCGCUUCGACACCCACCCGCUCCUGCGCGGCCAGGUCUACAACGCCAUCCGCGAGCUAUUCACCUUCCUCCCGCUCUCGAAGCGUAGUCCGGACGACGUCGACAUCCGCCAGCGCCUCCAGCUCGCCGCCUUCAUCUCCCUCUGGCCCGAGCUGCGUCGCGGCGCCCUCGGCCUCAGCCACGGCCUCGGACACAAGCUCGGAGCCACCUACGCCAUCGGCCACGGCAUCACCUCGUGCCUCACCCUCUCCCCCGCCAUCAUCCACACGGCCCAGAGCGACGAGACCCCGCUCGAGGCCCUCGCCGCCCUCGCAGGCGCGCUCGAGUACAUCCCGGCCCCCUUCAACCCGAGCCCGCAGCCACUGGCCCCCGCCGUCGGCAGCGCCACAUCCCUCGACGCCGCGCAGCUGAGGAGCAAGGGCGCCGAGGUCGGAAAGGCCGUCGAUCGCCUCGUCCGCGAUCUCGACCUGCACGUCACCCUCAAGUCGCAGGGCGUUCCGCGCGAGGACCUCGAAAAGAUCACCCAGAGGACCCUCGGCGCCGAUAAGCCGAGCGACUCGGACGAGUACAGGAAGAUCCUCGAGCUCCUCGAGGGCAUCUACGACGACCAGCAGGGCCAGCUUUAG